UUAUCUAAUUACUUUACUUAUUGUUUUGUUACUUUUUCUAUUAGCCUUACGUAUUUAUCUUCUGGAUACCGUGAAAUAUGAUAAUAUUAAGAUAGCGUAAGGAACACCCGUUGACACACUUUAAAUCUUAUAUAAAUCAAAUACAAACUUUAUUUAUUUAUCAGUUUUAAAAUGUUUGAGUGUAAGAAGUGUCUCAAAAAUUUCAUCAAACACAAGUCUUAUCUUAUACAUAAAAGAGUUUGUAAUUACAAGCCAGUGAAAUGUGCUACAUGUAAUCAAGUUUUUAGUAAGAAUAAUCUGUUCAUCGAUCAUCUAAUACUUUGUAAAAAUUUCAAUAAAAAUGUAUCAACUUUACAAAGUAAUUUCACUUACACUCUACACAAAAGAGCCUUUAAAAAUGUGUUUGGAAUAUAUGUUAAAACGGGUAAAUGGUCAUCAUUAGAAAGUUUGUUUACAGUUGAACGUGAGAACAUUCAAAACUUAUUGGAGUUAGUUUUGAAAACAAUAGGUUCACAUAAAGUUCAAGUUUGUCUUUUAUUAAGAUUCAUUAAACAAAAACUGGAUGGUGACAUUGAUUCAACAGAACUUUACAAGGUAACUCAGAUGAAACCCUUUUCACAUGUAUCACAAUUUAAUCAGUUGCUAUCUGAAUGGGUUCAACAUCUUGAUAUAGUUAUUGACCAAUUUACACAAAGAGGAAGUGGUUGGGUUCUUAAAUCAAUUAAUACGAUUGAAAUAAGAAUAUGUAAAUUGAAAGAGAAUAGUGGUGGGUGUUCAUCAGUUAGAUUACCCCAAAUUCUUUUGAAGAAGAAAAGUUUAAUUUCACCAUACUGUCAAACUGACUGUUUCAAGUGGGCUGUUCUAAUAUCAUUACAUCCUCAAGUUAAAAAUAGAUCAAGAGUAACAAAGUAUAGAAGUUUUACAAAUUUGUAUGAUUUCAAUGGCAUUGAGGCGAUAACACCAUUCUCACAAAUCAAAAGUUUUGAGAGAAGAAAUAACAUGUCAAUCAAUAUCUACACACUUACAAUGGACAAACAUAAAAAAAUUGUACCAUUGAGGAUUAAUAAAGAUAUGCGCGAUAAACAUGUCAACCUAUUUUUCUACAAAGAUCAUUAUUAUAGUAUCAACAAUUUCAAUGCUUUUGUCAGGAGCAACAAGGCAUGGGAAAGGUUUUAUUGUCAUUAUUGUAUAUCUGGUUUCAGAACAGAAGAUCUACUGUUUAAACAUCAAACCUGUUGUAAAAAUGUCGAAGCACAGCGUAUCAUCCUACCUGGUCAAGACAAGGUACCCACAAUUUGUGAAUUCAAUCGAUUAGAUAAAACAAUAGCAUAUCCUUAUGUAGUUUAUGCUGAUUUUGAAGCUUUAAUCGUGAAAUCUGAUAAAGCUCUUGGUAAAAAUACAUUUGAAUAUCAAAAGCAUGAAGCUUGCUCAUUUGGACUUGUGGCUGUUGAUUGGAAUAAUCAAAUUUUAUCAAAAACAUUUUAUCGUGGACCAAAAGCUGCUGAAAAACUUAUUGAAACAUUAUUGAAACUUCAGCAAUUUCUUCGUGAACAUCUAGAAACCAACAGUAAACCAGCUAUUGUUUCCCGUGAAGAACGUGAAUCAUUCAAUCAAGCUUCAGAAUGCUACGUAUGUAAAGAGCCUUUAGUUGAUGAUAAAGUAUUAGAUCAUUGUCAUCUGACUGGGAAAUACAGAGGACCAGCUCAUAAUUCAUGUAAUUUAAAACUCAGAUUACCUUAUAAAUUACCGGUAAUCUUCCACAAUCUUAAAGGAUAUGAUGCCCAUCUUAUCAUUAGUGGACUCAAGUCUAAUCUAAUACGAAAUAUUUCAGUGAUUCCUCAAAAUACAGAAAAGUAUAUUGCUUUCUUUAUGGAUGACUUUAUCUUCCUAGAUAGUUUAGCUUUUCUUCUUUCGAGUUUAGAGACUUUGGCUAAUAAUUUAUCUACUGAAGCAAAAUCAAAGUAUUUAUUACAAAUUUUCAAAGAGGACGAUUUACUACACAUUCUCGGAAAAGGAUCUCUACCUUAUGAGUACAUGGACUCUUGGGAAAGAUUUAAUGAGACGGCGCUACCACCAAUCGAAUGUUUCUACUCACACUUGACUAAAAAGACCAUCGAUGAACAAUCUUAUGGAAGACUAAUAAAUAUGUGGAAUCAUUUUGGUUGUGAAACAUUAGGUGAUUUUCAUGAUAUUUACUUGAAAAUUGACGUUUUACUACUUUCCUCAAUCUUUCAGAAUUUUAGAUCCACAAGUAUUGAAAAAUUUGGUCUAGACCCGUGUCACUACUUUUCAACACCCGGUUUAACUUGGGAUGCUGCUCUUAAAUCUACUAAGAAUAAGUUGGAUCUUCUUACUGAUAUUGAUAUGAUUUUGAUGAUUGAACGGGGUAUUCGAGGUGGUAUCUCUUGUGCAAUGAAGAGACAUGUGAUUUCCAAUAACGAAAACUCGGAAAAAUAUGAUGCAACUAAACCUACAUCAUAUAUUUCGUAUCUUGAUGUGAAUAAUUUGUAUGGAUUUGCACUUAAUGACAUUUUACCCAUGAAUGACUUUAAUUGGGUAUCACCAGAUUGUUUUGAAUCAACAAUUGAAAUUAUCAAAAAUGGUAAUUUGGAUGGUGAUACUGGAUACAUUCUAGAAGUUGAUUUGAUGUAUCCAAAAGAAUACCAUGAUCUUCAUAACGACUAUCCAUUAGCUCCUGAAAAAUUAUCAGUCAAGACUGAAUGGAUGAGUGACUAUCAAAAGGAGCUACUUAGAAAAAUAGAAAGUCAAGGAUUAAAUCGAACAGAAACAGAAAAACUUAUUCCUAAUUUAUUUGAUAAAUAUAAUUAUGUUGUUCAUUGUCGUAAUUUACGUUUCUACCUAGAGAAAGGAUUGAUAUUACAAAAAAUACAUAAAAUAAUAAGUUUUAAACAAAGUAAUUGGUUAUCACCGUACAUUCAAAUGUGUACCAAUAAUCGACAGAAAGCAUCCACAACAUUUGAAAAAGAUUUUUGGAAAUUGAUGGUAAAUUCAUUGUAUGGAAAAAGUAUAGAGGACAAGAGGAAACAUACACAAGUGAAGGUGAUACAGAAUGGUAAACAAGCUCUACAGCAGAUAAGAAAACCAAUGUUUGAACAAUUUUUCAUCUUGGAAAACGAUUUAGCUAUUGUAAAGUUACGAAAGUUUGUAGUGAAACUUGAUAAACCAAUAUACCUGGGAUUUACUGUACUAGAAUUGUCAAAGCUUCACAUGUAUAAACUUCAUUAUGAUUGUUUUCGUCCUAAAUAUGGUGAAAAGCUAUCGCUUGUGUAUACUGAUACUGAUAGUUUCAUCUAUCACAUACAAACUAAUGAUAUUGUAUCUGAUUUAAAAGAGCUCGAGUAUAUUAUGGACUUUUCUGAUUACCCAUCGUCACAUAUACUACAUGAUAAUACAAAUAAAAAGAAGCUUGGAUACCUCAAAGACGAGAUGAAUGGUGAAACCAUCGAUGAAGUUAUCGCUUUAAAAUCUAAACUUUAUGCUAUAAAGUAUGGAACGAGAAAAAAGUUGACUGCAAAAGGUGUUCAAAAAGCUGUAAUUAAAAAUGAAAUAUCAAUUGAUGAUUAUAAAAACUGCUUGUACGACAAUACUAUUUAUCAUCACAUGAAUCACAGAUUACAAUCAAAGAAUCAUAAAAUUUCAUCAAUAAAAUUGAAUAAAGUUUCAUUAUCACCCAUGGAUGAUAAAAGAUAUAUACUUGGUGAUGGGAUAUCAACGUUAGCUCAUGGACAUUAUAAAAUUAAGCAUUUAUAG